UAAAUUUCAAAAUGGCGCGUUCGAUUGAUUGUUACGGUUAGCAGGUAGAUAGUCUGAAUCGCAAUGCGUGCAGGCGUGCAAUCAUAUAUAUCGUGCGAAAAUAUCGGAGUAUCGACGGAUUAGCGAAAAGAGCGCUACUUCCCUCCGAUAGCCAGUAGAGAGAAUCGCCCCACACAUCGGUGACAGUGUCGACGAUCGACAAAGAGAAGGAAAACAUUGUUAGAACAGGGUGAUAUCCUACUGGCUCCGUAUGACAGACGGGGCUGUCAUAUUCUAUCAAAGCGUACCUUUAUCCCCGAAACCUUCCAAAACAUUAGAGCAACAAUGGCGAUGGGCAAAGGGUUUCGCGUCUACGAAAAGUUAAAGCCGCCUAAACCGCAUUCACUUAUAUUAGAACAACGAAAUAAGAAGGAGACUGUUUUAUUCGAAUCGCAAGCCGUUGCUGUUCUCUCUGCCGAAGAAACCGAAACAUUGAAAGGAAAAUAUACAAAAUCGUUAGAUGCAUAUGGAUGUUUAGGUGUUUUGCAACUAAACGCUGGUGAAAAUAAUACUUUAUUGUACCUUGUCCUGGUCACCGGCUGUUUUUCAGUCGGCAAAAUAGGAGAGUCAGAAGUGUUUAGAAUUACUCAGUCACAUUUUGUUCCACUUUAUUAUACUCAGGGAAAUGAGGAUCGUGUGUCUGAAGUUAGGAAGGUUCUUAACUCUGGUACUUUUUAUUUCUCUUGGUCUGCUGGUAGUCAAGAGUCUCUUGAUAUUACUCUCAGUGCACAGAAGCGAUGCAAAGCCACAGCAACUGAUAACAGAUUUUUCUGGAAUCGCAUGUUACACAUACAUUUAUUGAGGUAUGGUGUGGACACAUCUCAGUGGUUACUUAAAGCAAUGUGUGGCAGUGUGGAAAUCAGAACUGUAUAUGUUGGGCACAGACAAGCUCGUGCUGUUCUCAUUUCCAGAUUAAGUUGUGAACGCGCAGGCACAAGGUUUAAUGUCAGAGGAACUAAUGACGAUGGACAUGUAGCAAAUUUUGUAGAAACAGAGCAAGUGAUAUAUUUAGAUCAUGAAAUAACUUCCUAUGUACAAACUAGAGGCUCUGUUCCAUUAUUCUGGGAACAACCUGGUAUUCAAGUUGGUUCUCACAAAGUAAAGAUAUCUCGUGGCUUUGAGGCUUCCGCACCAGCAUUUGAUAGGCAUUUAAAGAUGAUAAAAGAAAGAUACGGAGAACAAGUAAUUGUGAAUUUGCUUGGCUCUAGUCUGAUCAGUGGCAAAGAAGGAGAAGCGAUGUUGAGUCAGUUAUUCCAGACUCAUCACAAUAUGUCAGAGCAUAAAGAUGUGCCUCACAUCUUAUUCGAUUAUCAUCAAGAAUGUAGAGGUGGAAAUACCAGAAAUCUAUCAAAAUUAAAAGCUAAAGUAGAAAAAUACUUGAAAUCAUUUUCAUUGUUUUAUGCUGUCGGCGAAAGCGUUAUUCUCGAACAAAUUGGCACUAUUAGAACAAACUGUCUAGACUGUUUGGACAGAACGAAUUGUGUGCAAACAUUUUUUGCGCUAGAAACCCUUGGCAAACAGCUUGGAUUAUUGAAAUUACUUGAGAAACAACAAAUGGUUUCAAGAUUCGAAGAAGUGUUUAGACAGAUGUGGGUCAACAAUGGUAACGAAGUAAGUAAGAUAUAUGCCGGUACUGGAGCGAUUCAGGGAAGCUCGAAAUUAAUGGAUGGUGCGAGAUCCGCAGCUAGAACAAUACAGAAUAACCUAUUGGACUCUAGUAAACAAGAAGCUAUUGACAUCCUGCUAUUGGGAUCAACAUUAAAUACAGAAUUAGCCGACAGGGCUCGACUGCUUUUACCUUCGAAUAUGUUACACGCACCACCGAGCGUCCUUAGAGAAAUGUGCAAACGGUACAAUGAGUAUGUAACUACAAUGAAUCUUAGAGUGAGCGUGGGUACUUACAACGUUAACGGAGGGAAACAUUUCCGAAGUGUCGUAUACAAAGAUGUAUCUCUUGCUGACUGGUUGCUGGAUGCUCAUCAGAGCUCACGAUCUCUUGUAUCAGUCGAAUACGACAAUGUUCCUGUAGAUAUAUUUGCAAUAGGAUUCGAAGAGAUCGUUGAUCUAAAUGCAAGUAAUAUAAUGGCUGCUAGUACUGAUAACGCGAAAUCUUGGGCAGAGGAACUGCAGAAAGUACUUUCACGUGAUACCGAAUAUGUUCUGGUCACAUAUCAACAGUUAGUCGGCGUUUGCCUCUAUCUAUUCAUAAGACCGAUACACGCUCCUUAUUUAAGAGAUGUAGCUGUAGAUUGCGUUAAAACUGGAUUAGGCGGUGCAACUGGGAACAAAGGAGCUGCAGCUAUCAGAUGUGUAUUGUACUCCACUUCCUUCUGUUUUGUUUGCGCCCACUUUGCUGCUGGGCAAAAUCAAGUUAAUGAGCGUAAUGCUGAUUACGCGGAGAUCACGCGAAAAAUUGCCUUCCCUAUGGGAAGAACAUUAAAUACUCAUGAUUAUGUAUUUUGGUGUGGUGAUUUCAAUUAUCGUGUCGAUAUGGAUAAAGAUGAAAUGAAAGAAAUGAUCAAAAGAGAUGAAUUCGAUCAAAUAUUGCAGUACGAUCAAUUAAAGGUGCAACAAGAGCAAGGAAACGUCUUUAAAAAUUUUUUGGAGGGACACAUUACCUUUCCUCCCACGUAUAAGUACGAUGUUUUCUCUGAUGAUUACGAUACGAGCGAGAAGUGUCGACAACCCGCAUGGACAGACAGAGUGCUGUGGAAACGUCGUAAACAAGUACCUGAUAUCGAUUCUCCUGCAGAUUGGAAUCCAGGAAGAUUGGUUCAUUACGGUAGAGUCGAAUUGAAACAAAGUGAUCAUCGACCGGUGAUCGCCAUUAUUGAUAUAGAUAUUCAUUGCGUCGAACCCGAGAAACGUGAAGAAGUUUUCAAGGAAGUGAUACAAGAUUUGGGUCCACCCGAUGGCACUAUAGUGGUGAAAGCUGAAGAAGAGUCGGACGACGUGGACAGCGUAUUCGACGACAACUUCAUGAUGGCGCUCUUACAAGACUUGUCGCAUAUUGGCGAAGUGAUUCUCGUUAGGUUCGUCGGCGAGACGAUAUGGGUGACGUUCAGAGACGGACAAUGCGCUUUAUCUGCAGCAAAGAAAGGCAUGACUCAAGUAUGCGGCCAAACUUUGAAAUUAUCCCUUAAGUCGCCGGACUGGGUACAAUUAAUCGAAAAGGAAAUAGAUCUCUGCAGCAACACCACGAUCCCGCAAUUCGUCUCAGAUUCUCCGAAGAAGAGCCCUGUUGAAAGAUUAGAACAAUUAGAAAUAGGAGAACGGCCAUCUCCGAGUAAGGGUAGUCCGAACGGGGUUCCUCCUCCAAGACCUGCUCCACCAGGUCGACCGGCUCCACCUAAGAGUCCAGUGCAAGAUCGAAAGCAAGGACCUCGCGCUGGUGUAUUCAGCGUAUUGCCUAAUCAAUUCCAAGCACCACCAUCCAGAGAAAAUGAAGAAACUGAACAAAGUGAAAGAUUGUCGCCAGAAUCUGCGAUUUAUGAAGAAAUAUUGGAUGGAUCAUCUAGUUACCCUAUACCAAACCGUCCACCGCCACCAUUACCUCGCACGGAUUCCAUACAGGAAUCGUCCAGUAUGCCUCCUAGUUCUAUACCUCCUCCAUUACCGCAGAGGCAAGCUCCUCCUCCGCCUCAGCAUCCGCCACCUAGUUUACCUGCGACUGCAAAUGCCCCACCACCGAUCCCGGCAAGGACAACCGGCGGACCACCCAUUCCAGCUAGAAAUCCUCAUUAAACGGCGGUGUUAAUGUCAUUCCGAUGUGAGUCGAAUCAUUUUAGGUAUCAUUAUGUAGUUAAUUAUUUAUAAAUAUUGAUAGAAAUUGAAAACAGAAUAGCUUGCUUCCUCGUGACGUCGUACAACUGUGUAGUUUGUGAACAAAAAUGAAUCCCAAGUCUAUUCUGUAAUUAGAUUCAGUUUCUGGGCACCAUGAAUGACGAGGAUGUUAUAUGCUUCCUAUCCUGCACUUUCCUACAAUGCAAACAAGUUUGUUGAAUACCUCAAAAGUUUGAUUAUUACAAAUAGACUAUGUGCAGAGUUUAUGAGCGUAUACAGUUAAAAGGCUUCUUAAGAAUGAUCGUUGAAAAUUAAUAAGAUAAUUCUGUUAACAAAAUCUAUGAUGUUAAAGAUGUUAUAUAAAUAUAAUUUUGUGAAAAAUUUUGCGACUAAAUAUUUAAAUUAAAAUUAAUCUAUAUCUACCAUCAUAGUUUUGUCCUACAACUCCUAAUAAAAAAAGUUGUUUUCAUGAUAGAUUGAUUUAUUUACAAUCGAGAUUAAAAAUUGUUGACUAUGUUUGUUUCUUGUUACAUUUAAUCAUAUUUUUCUAAAAAAGACAGAUAAUUAACGAAGAAAAAAUCGUGUUUUAUGUUUAUUACUGGCUGUAACAGUGAGAAAAGUGAUAAACACAAAUGACAGUAUUCUUACGAAAAAUACUUUCCACAUGAGUAUAUAUUUACGUAUAAAAUAUAUACACUCGUUGACCAAUCAUUGUUCUUUUAAGGUAAUAGUAUAGAUAAUAGUUUAUAAUAGUACAUGAUAAAUAGUAGCAAAUCGUAUAAAAGUAUGGAGCCAGUGAACUUUCAAUCCCAAACACUAUUGGAGAGAACAGAGGCAGAAUAUUACUAUGUGUAUUUAUUUUGUAGCGCUUCAUGUGUUGUAUUGUACAUAUACAUAUACAUAUAAAACUUAAAAAAAAACGAAAGAUGAACCAUACAGGUAAAAUGAGAUUCUAUAUAUGUUUAUACAACGAAGAAAACAUGCUUAUUUAUUUUGCGAGAUUCGAGAUAAUAAGUACUUGUGCGAGUGUUAUUAUUUCUAGAAUUUUCCUCUUCUCUGAAUGUGAAAUUUGAUGGAAAAGUUACAUUUAAAAAUGAAAACAUACAAGAGUUUCAAAUUGAGAGAUUAUUGAAAAUAUGAAUAUAAAAUGAAGUCUCGUAAUUAAGAUAAUCAUGUAUCUGGGAAAGAUUGUAAAUAGAGAUGAAUUUAGUAAGAAAAACGCCUUGCAAUUGAUGUACGUUCUCUAAAUGUACCAAAUACAUAUUUGAUUCUUCAUUUUGGAAUUUGUUGAUAAACUAACUUUAUACUUCACAACACAAAGUACAGGAUUUAAAAAAAUAUCACUUAUUUAAAAUCUUCUUUUAUUUAUAUCAGCGAUAUAAGAUGGUCGCCUAAAUUUGUAACUAGGUCUAGUCAUUGUCAUUUGUUUGGCAAAUAGAGCGAGAAUGAUAGCUCCCUAAACGUUAUUCAGUAAUAAGUAUAAAGUUUUACAAAAUUUGUUUCAUCAAAAAUUUAACUUGUAUAAAUAUAUAUAUUGUAAACAGAGAA